CAAGAUGGCGCCGGGUGCGUGAGCGGUGGCGGCGGAGGCGGGGAAGGCCCGGCUGCUGCGGAGGGUCCGCGCCCCGUCGCUGCCCGGGGCCGUAGGAUGGUAAAAUGACGCAGGGGGGGAAGAAGAAGAAACGCGCCGUGAACCGCAGCAUCAUGCUGGCCAAGAAGAUCAUCAUUAAGGAUGGCGGGACGCCUCAAGGAAUAGGUUCGCCUAGUGUCUACCAUGCUGUGAUAGUGAUAUUUUUGGAGUUUUUUGCUUGGGGACUCCUAACAGCACCCACUCUGGUGGUUUUGCAUGAAACCUUCCCAAAACAUACAUUUCUAAUGAAUGGUCUAAUUCAAGGAGUAAAGGGCUUAUUAUCCUUCCUGAGUGCCCCACUCAUAGGGGCCCUGUCCGAUGUGUGGGGACGAAAGUCCUUCUUGCUGCUAACAGUAUUUUUCACCUGUGCACCAAUACCACUAAUGAAGAUCAGCCCAUGGUGGUACUUCGCUGUUAUUUCUGUCUCUGGAGUUUUUGCAGUGACUUUUUCAGUGGUUUUUGCAUAUGUAGCAGACAUAACCCAAGAACAUGAAAGGAGUAUGGCCUAUGGGCUGGUUUCAGCAACUUUUGCAGCAAGUUUAGUUACCAGCCCUGCAAUCGGUGCCUACCUUGGUCGAGUCUAUGGAGACAGCUUGGUGGUGGUGCUGGCCACGGCAAUCGCCUUGCUCGACAUCUGCUUUAUUCUUGUUGCGGUCCCAGAAUCGCUGCCGGAGAAGAUGAGGCCGGCAUCCUGGGGAGCACCCAUUUCUUGGGAACAGGCUGACCCUUUUGCAUCGCUGAAGAAAGUUGGCCAGGAUUCAAUUGUGCUGCUCAUCUGCAUAACAGUCUUUCUUUCCUACCUCCCAGAGGCGGGUCAAUAUUCCAGCUUCUUUCUAUACCUCAGACAGAUAAUGGGAUUUUCAUCUGAAAGUGUUGCAGCAUUUAUAGCAGUCCUCGGGAUUCUUUCCAUUAUUGCACAGACUAUAGUUUUGAGUUUACUCAUGCGGUCCAUUGGCAAUAAGAACACCAUCCUGCUGGGGCUGGGGUUCCAGAUCCUGCAGCUGGCGUGGUACGGCUUCGGCUCGGAGCCCUGGAUGAUGUGGGCGGCGGGGGCGGUCGCAGCCAUGUCCAGCAUCACGUUCCCGGCCGUGAGCGCCCUCGUGUCCCGCACGGCGGAUGCCGACCAGCAGGGAGUUGUUCAAGGGAUGAUAACAGGAAUUCGAGGACUGUGUAAUGGUUUGGGACCAGCACUUUAUGGUUUUAUAUUCUAUAUAUUUCAUGUUGAACUGAAUGAACUCCCAAUGCCUGAAACAUCAUCAGGAGGCAGUGUGGACACACAAUACCAUUUACAACAGAAUUCCAUAAUUCCUGGACCCCCCUUUCUCUUUGGAGCAUGCUCUGUGUUGUUGGCUCUACUUGUUGCCUUGUUUAUUCCCGAACACACCAACCUAACCGUGCGGUCUGGCAGCUGGAAAAAGCACUGUGGUGGUCACGGCCAUCCCCACAGUCCACAAGCUCCGGGUGAGGCUAAAGAACCAUUACUGCAAGACACAAACGUAUGACAAAAACAGCCAGGAAGACUUUUUAGAAUGUUUCAUCAGCAGUUUGGGAUACACAUUCCACUUUGGUCAAAAAUAUAAUUUCU